CAGCCCCCUACCAAAACAAGUCGAGUCCGUGCACUAACACGAGAGAGGAAAGCGGACAAAAAGUGAGAGCGGGGAGAAAGUGAGGAAAAGGAGGCGAAUGGACCGACAGACGCGAGUCUAAGCCGACAACAGGAACGCAGCCGGGGCCCCAGGCUUACUGUUAGUGGUUGAUAAUGGAGCCCACUAGUGAGACCAAGAAGAUGACCUCCUACCUCCCAGAGAGCGCAACCUGUGAGACCCAGAGACUUACUCCACCAAGAGGGCCAGGCUGUAGCUGGCUGGUGGUCUUUGCGGCUGUGGUUGCCUCUCUGAGUGGCCUGAUGCUGGGCUAUGAAAUGGGCCUGACCUCAGGGGUCCUGCUGCAGCUGCGGGGCCUCCUCUCCCUCUCCUGCAGGGAACAGGAACUGCUGGUCAGCUCCCACCUGCUCGGCGCGCUCCUCAUCUGCCUGGCCGGAGGUCCGGUUCUAGAUCGCUACGGUCGCCGCUGCUCACUGCUCCUGAGUGCUGGCCUGGUGGUCGGAGGAACCGUUGUGCUUGUCGCCGUGACCUCACUCGUUGCGCUCACACUGGGCCGUCUAAUAGUCGGCAUGGGAACAUCCCUGUCAGGGACAGCGGCAUGUCUGUACAUAGCAGAGAUCUCACCGAGAGAGAGGAGGGGUCUGCUGGUGACACUGUACGAACUGAUGUUGGUGGUGGGUGUAAUGUUGGGAUUCGGCUGUAGUUACGCCUUUGCUACUUUGCCUCAUGGUUGGGCAUAUACAUUCGGACUAGUAAUACCCCCAGCACUGUUGCAAAUGGUCGCACUUGUGUUCCUUCCACAUAGCCCACGCUUUCUCGUUGCUCAGGGCAAAGUGGAGCAGGCAAGGGUAGUGCUGGCAAAAAUGAGAGGAGGGGUUGGGGAGCAUGUGGAUCUGGAGCUCAGGGACAUCCAGGCUGGACUGAAAGAGGAAUCCGAGCACAGUUUCCUGGAACUUUUCAGCGACAAGUCUAACCUGCGUGUACGACUGCUGACAGGUGUGGCCCUAGUCUUCCUCCAGCAGGCUACCGGACAGCCCAACAUCCUUUCCUAUGCGUCGCCGCUUCUCCGCAGCGUAGGCUUCAACAGUGAUGCUGCGGCGACACUGGCCUCCACGGGAUUCGGAGUGGUCAAAGUGGUCUUCACCAUCCCUGCUGUGAUGCUGGUCGACCGCGUGGGACCCAAGAGCUUUUUGUGCGUGGGCGCUGUUGCAAUGGGAUUGUCGCUGGCUACACUCGGUGCACUGGCACUGCAAAGCCAAACUCACCUCACAAGCCUUUGUAAAAGCCACACUACACUAAACCACACAUAUACACCGUGGGACCUAAACAGCACCUCUAUAGAGUAUGACUAUGAAAUGUUCUCUACUGACCUCCCCAGUCAGUGGAACAGUGAAGAGGAACUGAGGACUAAAACAGAGAAAGACUGGGGAUCAUUAGGAGAAAGGACUCAUGUGGAAGUUGCUUCCUCAUUGAAGUGGGCAUCAUUGAUCAGCCUGUUGGUGUAUGUGGCAGCCUUCUCCAUUAGCCUCGGACCAAUGGUGUACGUGGUUCUCAGCGAGAUCUUUCCAAUGGGAGUUAGAGGGAGGGCCGUAUCCGUGGUGUCGGCUGUGAACUGGGCCACGAACCUCCUCAUCUCCAUGACCUUCCUCACCAUUACAGAAAGGAUUGGCGUUCCAAAUGUGAUGUUCCUGUAUGCUGCCAUGAGCUUUGUUCUGCUGGUGUUUGUCAUCCUCUGUGUCCCUGAGACCAAAGGUCGCUCCCUGGAGGAGAUAUCCAAAGAGCUGGCUAAGAAGAAGAAAUUUGAGGUGAGGCUGUUUCGUCAGGUUAAGCCUCAAGACAUCAGCAACAGAACGUCCACAGGAAGUCCGGCAGUUAACAGACCUGCGCCUCAGCUGAAACAGAGUCAAGAGCAAACGUCAAGGAUGGUGGUAUAAUAACACAGUUAAAACUAUGCGUGUGCAUCUCACUUACAUUUUCACAUCCCUGCAGUACCAGCUUGUUCCUGUGAGCGUUUGUGUUUCCACCGUCAGGGACGAGCGGAAAAAAGUAUUUGUGAAUUUACACGAAUGAGGAGAAGCUCGGGAUUCACUUGUGAAUCUAGAAAUAAUCAACUGAAUGUUAGAUUGCAUGUAUGAGAUUAUACCUUCUUUCUAUUUUAGCACAGACCCAAUGGAGACUCAUGGUUCAUGAUUGAGCCGUUCAAACUAUUGGAAUACUGAAAUACUUCCUGGAGUUUUUCCACAAUUAUACUAAACCAGACACUAAAUGACAUUGACAAUGGCGUUCGACAGUCAUCUUACUACAGAAAAAAGAUUUUUAAAAAAUUGAGAAGGAAGUGUUAUAUCCCCCAGAAAUAUUUUUAUUGUGGCCUUAAUCCUUCUUCUAUAACUCCGUCACAUGUAGAGCAAUUUAACAAACAUCAUGUUACUCGGUAGCUUAUGCCUUAUACCAGUUAUGGUAUAUGUAGUGACAGGAAGAGGGACAACAUCCAGCAUCAUCUCAGGAAGAGAUUCCGUCUCCUCAUUUACAUUUCAUGGCAACAUGCAUACAGCCACACUCUGCGUGGUCAGAUAGUGAAUAUAAAACAGACAAAAAAAGAUUGAAGAAGAAGGAAAAACUACUCACCUGGUUCUGUAAUAAUAUUGGGUAGAGGAUUUUUUUUUAAGAAGCUCUGUGAAAAGUGUUUUUUUUUUUUUUUUUUUUUUU